UGAUUCCAGCGGACGUUUCGAUAACUCAAUCAACGCGACCAGGUAGUAAGACGCAAUGCGUCUGCAAAGGCUAGCUCGUACAAAUGCAUCGCUUGGAGGACAGCGCAGAUUAUGCGUUGGGCCGGGCCCCUGUCGGUCAGCACCAGGCCGAACCCGCAUGCAAGUGUCGUGUGUUGCCGAAACUUCGGAGACCGCCAAACAAGGGCCAAGCCCUCCGCCUACUCUAUCAAGUGGCGCAUAUGUCACCAAUUCAUUUGGAGCAGGGCGCGUGUCAAGGGACAGCUUGGAUGAAGAGGAUGUCCUGGAGCUAAAAAACUUACGGAAUUAUUUGGUUCCCAGGGACAGCCCCUUCAUCGUCGAUAACAACCAUGGAGGUGGCUUCGUUGGCGAUCGUGACCGAAUUCGGCUACACACAGUGGAGUUCGAAUCAGCGGAAUCGGCAGGGUCCUUCUGUGCUGACGGCGUGUUAACGCAUGGUGACGAGGACUCGUGCAUUCUCCUGCCGGAAUGGGCUAUUCGUUGCGGGCCCCGCAAGACGAUUUAUUUUGACCCCAAGCAGGUCAGCGCAGCAGUGGUGACAUGCGGUGGACUUUGCCCCGGACUCAACGAUGUGGUGCAGAACAUCGUGUACACGCUGACCGACUACGGUGUCCCGGAGGACAACAUCCUGGGCAUCCGCUACGGUCUGCGGGGCUUCUACGAGCGCGACGCCAAACCCAUCACCCUGACACGCAAGUACGUGGAUGGCAUCCACCUCAAGGGCGGCACCAUGCUGGGCACCAGCCGCGGCGGCGCAAACGUCAAGGAGAUUGUGCGUCGCAUCGACCUGUGGGGUCUCAACAUGGUCUUCGUGGUGGGUGGUAACGGAGGCAAUGCCGCCGCUAACGCGAUCUCUGAUGAGUGCGAGGCCCAGGGCGUGGUGUGCACAGUGGUGGGUGUGCCCAAGUCCAUCGACAAUGACAUCCUGCUCAUCGACAAGUGCUUCGGUUUUGAGACAGCGGUGGAAGAGGCUCAGCGGGCGUUGCUGGCGGCCAAGGUGGAGGCCGGCAGCGCGAGGAACGGGCUGGGCCUGGUGAAACUGAUGGGCCGCCAGUCGGGCUUCAUUGCCAUGCAGGCCUCCAUGGCAUCAGGUGUCGCGGACGUGUGCCUCAUACCCGAAAUUCCUUUCCGCAUGGACAAGCUCAUCGCGCACAUUGCGAGCGUAUUCGAGAAGCAGGGCCACUGCGUCGUGUGCGUGGCUGAGGGUGCCGGACAGGACCUCCUUUUGAACGGGGCGGCUGGCACAGAUGCCAGCGGCAACCCGAUCCUCGCGGAUAUUGGCAUUUUCUUGCGCAACGAAUUGAAGAAACACUUCAAGGGCGACGCGGACAUCAAAUACAUCGACCCGUCGUACAUGAUCCGCUCCGUACCAACUACCAGCAACGAUCGCAUUUAUUGCAAGGUCCUCGGCCAAGGGGCUGUACACGGGGCGUUUGCCGGCUACACCGACAUCACGGUCGGCCUGGUCAAUACACAUUACGUGUACCUCCCUAUUCCGAUGAUUAUCCAGGCGCCUCGCAAGGUGAACCCCAAGGGCCGCCGAUGGAAUCGGCUCAUUGCGGCCAUCCGGCAGCCGGACUUCUCAUGAACACUGCAUACAAGGCUGUGAUUCCCUCAACUCUGUCCCGUCGCCUUACACACUGCGCUCCAGAGCCUAACGGAAACGGUGGUGGUCGGCAGCAUGACAGUGCAACGCGGCCGGGCAACGCGAAGCAGGCGAAGUCAUUUUACGGUUGGCAAUUGCCACUUGUACACGCGCGUAGAUUGGUACCACCACGUUUGGUCUGUGGAUCAGUCCCACCAGAUCUUGUACGAGCGUUCAAAGCUGUGCACAACAACAUUGCGUUGUAACCCGAGCAGGAUUAGGCAGCCUUCGGCUGCUGGAGAAUCAUUGUGGCGCGCAGUUGAGGUUACCAUAAUAUUGAAUCGUACGUAGUCGGGUUGUAGGUGAGCAUGUGCAUGCUCGGAGGUAUAAGAAAGUGGGGGUGCCAGUCUCAGGACUAAGCCCGCAAGUGCGUAGCGCCUUGUCCAGAAGUAUGCAUCAUGGAACGACACACGAAGAUCCUAGAAAUAUCCUGCAUCUUGUAUUAUGAGGUAUAUUUCCCUCAACAAUUUAAUCUCAUAGCAUAGCAGCUCAUCUGGGUGGUAUCCCGUAGGCCGAAAUGACGGAGUUAUAAUGGUACUUGAUAUCUACAAAAAAUGUGCCCUGUGGAAUUGAAACCUUGGGCAUUGACUAUGUUUCCUUUGUGUUCGCACGCUGUACGGUUGCUAGGCUUGUGAACCUGUGUAGCACCGUCCCCUCGCUGUCAGCACACACGACCGACCGUACUAGCAGGUUCACUACCACCAGUACAAUCACUUAGUACACAUCGCAAGGAAUAACAUACAUGAAAAAAUCUUAGUCCGUAAUGCACGUUGUUAUGCGGACACUCAUAAACACCACGCCCGUUCGUAAAGCUGCGAAUGACACCCCCCACUAGCACCGCUGGUAACCAGCAUGCACAAUUUCGCCCGCAGCCAUGGACAUGCAGUGUAGCUCUCAACAUUCGAUCCUCAAUGCACUCUUAACUCCAAAGCGUUGUUCUCCCUCCGACACCCGUAAGCCCCGCUACAACCUCGGUGCCCACGUUGCCACAACGCCAUGCGCACAUAGCGGCGAUCCCUAAUUGCAAAUUGUGCACAAGGCUGCGUCACAGUAAACGGUGCGAUGGAUGGCGCCGCGUUGCUGGGUUUACGCUAUCGAGCAGGCCGUGAGCUUGUCCUUAAAAGACUUCUUGCCCUUCGUGCGGACUUUGCUCGGCUUCAAGUCCACGGUUACAGGACCCUCGCGAACAGGAGCGGCCUCAGAAACCUGCUCAGGGCCUUGCGCUUGUGGCUGCGCUGGAGAUGGCGAAGCUGCUGCCGCUGCCGCCGCUGACCCGGGGGGUGCAGUGAUGGCAGCCGCUGCUGGCUGCUGGCUUAGCUCGCCUUUCUGCAAUUUUUUGUGAUGCAACUCUGCCAGAUAGCCGAAAACCUCCGUCACGUUUAUGUUUUCCUUAACGCAAGUGCGAUACAG